GAAACUAGUUGUCUUCAUAUUUGAAUUACAGUAAUAAAUAAGCAAGUAUACACAUUCACAAUGAAUAAGGACAAUUCCAGCAUGCAAAUGGAUCCAGAAUUAGCAUUGCGCCUGCUAGCAGAUGGCGCCGUUUUGGUCAUAGCCGGCGUUCCUGUGGGCACAGAGUUUGGCAUUGACUUAUGCUCGUAUACCAUUGGUCCAGAUUUUCGUGGCGUUAAAAUGAUACCGCCAGGUGUGCAUUAUGUGUGGUGCGCAUCCCGCGGUCCGUAUGGCGACGCUGCGCCUCGUGUAGGCUUCGUCCAUUUCUUUCAUCCUAAUGAGAUUCUUGUGCGUGAAUGGGAUAAUGAAUUGGAGGAGCUGCGACCACGUCAGACAGCAGAUCCGGAGCUAGAGCGUACCCGUAUAAGAAAGAACUUAGCACAACUUGAGCGCGUUCUGGCCCCAUACGACUAUCGCUAUGUGUGUAAGUGGAAAGAUCUAACUGGCAGUGUUACAGAGGCGUGCGUAAAUCGCUGCCGCCCAGAAUUGGGAACAAUUCGUACUAACAUUGAGCUAGAGUCCUGUACGGAUGCUGACAGGCCACGUGGUGGAGCGGACAACAUAAGCAAACGGAAUACAGCUGCCAAGUUACUGCUGGAUGAGAGUGAGAUGCUGCCUUACCUGAAGCCCGUACAGGGCACUGCGCCACGUUUCUGUGCUGUGCCCACUCGUGUUCCACAGAAUUCACCUCCAGCGGAUGUUUCGCGACAUGCGAUAGACUGCAUAGCAGCUGUGGACAUACUGUUCGAAAAGUUUGAACAAAAUUCCGAUGCACUAAUUGAGGAGGUACAGCUGGCGUUUGUGUUCUUUUUAGUUGGCUAUUCAAUAGAAUCUUUGGACCACUGGCGGAAGGUGCUUGCCUUGCUGGCACACUCGGAGACGGCUGUUAGCAAAUACAAACUAGCCUUUAUGAAAUAUAGCGAAGUGCUGGCCUAUCAACUACCGCAUCUGCCAGAGGAGCUGAUGGCGCCUACCAUGCACAACACAGUCUACAAAGAUGUUCGCGAGCUGCUAGUAAAUCUCCAUGCUGGUGGUCUCAUGGUAAACGCUGAACGCCUUAUGAAAAGACUGGCCAAGCAGCUAAACUGGCAUUUUGAGGGCUUACUCGACGAGGAUCCGGAAGAACAACCCGUGAUAAUAGAGCUGCCCCAAUAAGGCGAGAAAAUCUGGACGCCCUAACGAAGUGAAUGCUGAGUGCGCAAAUAAUUCCAAAGGUCUCGGGCCGUGCGUAUGCUGACCAUAAACUGACACA